CGCGUGCGCGAAAAGGAGGAAGAAGCCUCCCGCGGGCGUGUGCGCGUGCACAGAGAUGCUUGAUGGCCACGUCCCCUUGGAGACACACACACACACACACACGCACGCACACACGACACGUGACGCGCAUUAGUGCGCGGCUUUAGACACACGCGCGCACACACACGCGGAGGGAGGAGAGGCCGACGACUCGAACUCUCAACAAGCUUCUUCUUCGAGUCUUUUUUGACUCGAGUGACUUGUGAGAGAGGGAGGAAGAGGAGGGGGAGGAAGAGGGAGGGAGGAGGAGGAGGAGGGAGGAGGAGGAGGGAGGAGGAGGAGAAGCCGGAGUAAAGUUUGUCCAAGUUUGCACAUCCCUUCGGAAACGCCAUUUUGAUUCGUCUCCUCUUCGGAUCAAGUUUGCAGCCUCUUCGCCGUCACUGCCUUCAUCUUCAUCCUCAUCUCGGCGCUCCUCAUCGUCGUCGUCGUCGUCGUCGUCGCCCGCCACGAUGUCUCGGCGCGAGCGGCCCAACCCCGACGAAGUCCAACAUAUGGACAAUGCCACAGAGAAGCAGGAAGGGGGCGGAGCCAAUUCCGUGCUGAACGGUGAAGAGGCGGAGCUAGCGGAGGAGACUCUGCCAAGUAGCAUCAAAGCCGCACCCCAGGCCGCCAAGAAUGCGGACGAGAGCCGACAGAGCCUCCGGGGCGGCGAUGGCGGAGGAGGCGGAGACUUGUCCUCCAUCAACGCCAUGAUGUCGGCCGUGAUGUCGGCGGCGGGCAACAUCAACGGAGAAGGAGACGCGGGAAGCGACGUCACUCCUGGACCCUCACCGAGCCCGUCGCCCAACAAGACGCCCGCGUCGUCGGCCACGAGGGCGGCGCCCGGCCGCAACGUUCGACGCAGCCAGGACGCCAAAGACGAUCACGCCGCUCACGUGUGCCCGCUUUGCGACAAGCGCUGCCAGUCGCAGCAUCAGCUCACCAUGCACAUCAGACAGCACAACGUGGACGCGGGCGCGACGGACCACUCGUGCAGCAUUUGCGGCAAAUGUUUGAGCUCGGCGUCUUCGUUGGAUCGGCACAUGCUCGUGCACAGCGGCGAAAGGCCCUACAGGUGCAGCGUGUGCGCGCAGACCUUCACCACCAACGGCAACAUGCACAGACACAUGAAGAUUCACGAGAAGGACCCCGCCAGCGGCCUCUUGCCCGUCAGCCCGCCCUCGCCCACCAAGCGGCGGCGUCCGUCCGCCAAGCGGCGGCAAGGCCCGGAGGACGAGGGUGUCGAGGAGCCGCCCGCCAAGAAGGUGACGGAGGACUCGGCCUCGGAGGAAAAUGCCGCCGCGUUGCCGACGCCGAGCGUGCCGGCGGCUGGCGCGCGGGCCGGGGACGAGCCGGCGCUUCCUUGUCCCAUCUGCUUCAAGACUUGCGGCGGCAGGCUGGAGCUGGACGCUCACAUGGACACGCACCCGGACACCACGCUCAAGUGCGACUUGUGUUGUCUUUCCUUCCGCACGCACCGCGGCCUGUUGCGUCACAACGCGGCCGUCCACAAGCUCCUCCCCCGAGACCCCGACGGCCAACCGUUCAUCCAGACCAACCCGUCCAUCCCGGCCGGCUUCAACGACCUGUCCUUCGUCGACUUCUCCUGCAAGAAGUUCGCUCGCGUCGCGCAGGUGUGGUGCGAGACCAACCUUCGGCGCUGCGUCGGCAAGUUUCACCGCUUCGUGUGCGAGUCGUGCGAUAAGGCCUUCCCGCUGCGCCCCGCCCUCGACCUCCACAAGAGCUCCGCCCACCCGCCUGACGCCGGCGCCGAGGAAACGCAAAACUGCGUCCGGCGGAGUCGGAACCACUUCGAGGACGCCCCGCUUUCCCCGCAGUCCGACUUCAUGGAGGCGCUGGGACUGCGGCACGUUUCCAAGGUGACGCGGACCCCCACGGAGGACGAGAUCCACCAGGCGCACCUGGACAGCAUCAAGGUGAUCCACGUGGAGCCGCUGAGCUGCAGCCUUCCCCAGGAGCCCGCCUUUCUGACGGUGGGCGCGGGGGGGCUGACUGCGCUGGGCAUCCCCCUGCUGGAGCGAUCGGCCGCCGCCGCCGCCGCGUCCACGCUGCAGGGUCUGUCUCAGAGGGACGCCCUCAGCCUGCUGUCCCUGCAGCCCUUCCAGGCGGGCUUCCUCCUGCAGCCCGACGGCGCCGCCGCCGCCGCCGUCAAACCGGGCGAGGCGGGCGGCGUGGUGGAGCUGGCCGACAUCCAGCAGAUCCUCAAAGUGGCCGCCGCCGCGCCCAAUCAGAUGGGGCUGGGCUUCGCCGCGGGGCAAGGUCAAGUCCAGAACCAAAAGGCGCUGCCGCCCCUGAAGCCCAAGCCCCCCGCCACGCCUCGCUCCGGCCUGACCGCGACCACGCCGCCGCCCCUGCAGAGCUCGCAGCAGGCGUCGCUGGGCUGCAUCGGUCCCGGCCCGCCGCCGCCCACCCCCGCCCUCUUCAAGACGCCCACCUCUUCCUCCUCGUCCUCAGCGGCGGGGGACGGCGACCGGCCGGAGACCCGCCGGCCGCCGUCCGACUCGCCGCCGGCCGCCGCCACCGCCGCGCACGAAGAGGCGGGGCUCUGCGGGAAGAAAGCAGGAAGCAAAGCGGCGGGCGCGGGCAGCGCCGACGCCGGCUCGGCCAAAGGCUCCUUCCCGUGCCGCUUCUGCGACCAGGUCUUCUCCUUUUCUGGCGUCCUGCAGGCUCACAUGCGUUUCCACCUGGGCAUCCUGCCCCACCAGUGCAACAUCUGCGACUACGUGGCGCCCGACAAGGCCACGCUCAUACGCCACCUGCGCACCCACAGCGGCGAGCGGCCCUACAUCUGCCGCGUCUGCCACUACCCCUUCACCGUCAAGGCCAACUGCGAGCGCCACCUCAGGAAGAAACACGGGAAGACGUCCCGGAAGGACAUUGAGAAAAACAUCAAGUGCGUCUUCUCCGCCUCGCCCUACAACCCGAGCGGCGCCGUCUCCGCCUCUACCGCCGACGCCGAGACGGGACGCGGCGGCGGCGCCGACACCGCGUGCCGGUUCUGCGGCGAGGACCUGAAGACGUACCGGGCCCUGCAGAUCCACCUGCGCACGCACAACGGCUGCCAGAGGAAACCUUUCGAGUGUCGGCGCUGCGGCGCCGCCUUCCUGGCCAAGCGCAACUGCAUCCACCAUCUUCUCAAGCAGCACCCCUCGGUCCAGGAGCGCGAGAUCGAGGAGCACAUCGCCAGCGUGCGGCCCGCCGCCGACGGGCCCGGUCAGACGCGGGACGCGGCCCCGUAUCACCGGGAACUAGACCAGCCUCUGGACUUCUCAGCCAAGGGGCGCGGCGUUUUCGUGGCCGUCAAGGCGGAGAGGCUGUCGCCCACGUCGACGGGCCCGCCUCCGGACCCGCCCCUGGACCAACCCGUGGACCUGUCCGUCCCCAGCAAGCGUGUCCGCCGUGACGAGGCCGACGGGCGCCGCAUCGAGACGCGUCAAAACGGCGGCGACGCGGCGGAGCCGCGCGUCCCGGCCGACGAGGACAAGGCGGGGGCGGCCUCGCCUCUGGGAGGCUGCCGGUUCCCCCCCGGCUCCUCCCCCGCCCCCGCCCCCCUGCUCCGCCCCCAGCGCCUCAAGCCCCUCCUCCCCAAGCCCACCUCCCUCAAGGAGCUCCCCCCUCUGGCAUCCAUCGCCCAGAUCAUCCACUCGGUGUCCGCCGCCCCCGACCUGCUGAAGAGGGACACGGCGUCCGCCGAGGCCAGACCGCCGCCGGUGCCCGAACCGCCCACGGAGCCGCCGGGCGGCUCCGCCCCCCCGGAGACGCCGGCCGACGACGCCGUCAGGAAGAGGAACAGGAAGAAGAGCGCCAAGGACGCUCUGGUCCUGAGCGGCGCGCUGGACUUGGAGUCCAGCGGCGAGUUUGCCAGCGUGGAGAAGAUGCUCGCCAACACCGACGCCAACAAGUUCACCGACUUCCUGCAGACCGGCCCCGACGACCUCUCGCCAAAGACGGCUCCCGGAGACGGCGAGCGAGCGGGAGGAGGCGCGGACAAGGAGGCGGGGCCGAGAGAGGAAGCGAAGACGACGACGGCGGCGGCGUUGCUUCCUCAGUCCAAAGGCAAGAAGAACGCGUACUCCAACUCUGUGCAGAAGAUGACGUGUCCCUUCUGCCCUCGCGUCUUCCCGUGGGCCAGCUCGCUGCAGAGGCACAUGCUCACGCACACGGGCCAGAAGCCUUUCCCGUGCCCGCGCUGCGACGCCUUCUUCUCCACCAAGUCCAACUGUGAGCGCCACCUGCUGAGGAAGCACGGCGUCACCAACCGCACGCUCAGACGCAACGGCGUCUUCGCCAAGAAAGAAAGCGACGACGGCUCGCACGAGAGCGCAGAGAGUCAGUCGGACGCCGAGCUGCCGGCCAAUGACUCGUCGCCACUAGGCCACGCCCCUCCUACCGCCCUCAAAGACACGUCCCCUGAGCGGAGGAGGGAGGAGCCCGCGCCACGCAGCCCCGCCCGCAAGCCCGGCUCAGAGGGUUCGAGUCCUGUUCAAGCUUGUGAGCUUGCGUACCAGCAGGGGGCAGCGGAGAACUCGACAGAAGCAGCCAAAGAAGCUCCGCCCAGCGCCAAGUGCGAUCACGACGACGACGACGACGACGACGACGACGACGACGACUGCCACAGCAACAAAAGUUUGGAUUUGAACUUCGGCUCCAAGCUGAUCGACUUCAAACUGUCGAACUCGGCCGCCGCCCCCGGCCCCGCCCCCGCCCCUCAGGAAGAGGCAUCGGCCGGCCCCUCCGAAGACGCGCCGGACGCUCCCUCGGCCGACCCCGCCGCCAAGCCUCAGCUGGACUGGAAGCACGUUUGCGGCGUGUGCCGCAAAAGCUUCCGCUACGCCACCACCCUCGCUCGCCACGAGAGGGCGCACCUGAGCCAGGAGACUCCGCCCGAAGAGAAAGAGGCGGCGGCGCCCCGGGACGCCAAGGACGAGCCAGAGAGCAAAGAGAACGACGAGGAGGCGGAGCGCGGGGCCGCGCCGAGGGCCGGCGACAGCGACGCCGCGGAGAGCGACGACGAGGACGACGAGGACAACAAGGAGGACGAGCGCAGCGACGAGGAGGCGUCGUCGGAGGCCAAGAGUCUGGAGGGCGGCGACUCUGUCAACGGCGUCGGCGCGGCCGUGGACAAACGCAAGAAGAAGACGUGCGCCGUGUGUGCGAAAAGAUUCUGGUCGCUGCAGGACCUCACCAGACACAUGAGGUCACACACCGGUGAGCGUCCGUACCGCUGCGCCACGUGCGAACGCACCUUCACGCUGAAGCACAGCCUGGUUCGCCACCAACGCAUCCACGCCAACAAGACGCCCAGCGAGGACGGGGACAGGGACGCCCCCACGCCCACCGAAACCUGCCCCCCCUCCGAGAACGAGAGCGAGUGCGCCAAAGACUUGGACGACGCCCACACUUCGGACCCGGAACCCGCCGACCGGGCCCCGCCGGCUCAGACGCCGCCCGCUGCCGCUGAGGAGACGCCUGAACUUAGCGUGACCCCCCCGGAAACCGCGCAUCCCGGUCAAUCAGUCGCUGAUGCCAAGAUAAGCAGCGACGCGCCGGACGCGGCCGAGCCGCCGGACUCGAACGUUUCCCAUGAGCUCCCGGUGGGCAGGCUUUGAUCCAGGGCCUGUUGGCGCACCAAGCCCCGGCCCCUCUGGAUUACACGCUGGCCAAUGGGGAGCCGCCGCCGGUGGUCGUGGACUGAGUGCGGUCGGAGGACGCCGUACCUUUAACAAGUGCCUUACUACUUGUCCUUUUAUAGCUUUUUAACUUUGUUUUGUCAGCAAGAAGAUCAAGAUGGCCGACGUGCGUCACACGACGCUUCGUGAAACUGGAAAAGAUGGCGCACGGACAGAAGAACUGUCGGCGUCGCCGCCCCUCACCUUGUAUGCGAGGACUUCUCAGUUGACUUUGGUUGUUUGACUUUUUGGUUUUGUGAGGGAUUUUGUUUUUCUUUUCGUUUGUAAGUGGACAAAUGAAAAUGUAGUUUGUUAGUUUGUGUGCAUGCGUGAGCCCCGCGUGUUCCUGUCGGCCACGUCGGCGCCGACCCGGGUCCAAAUUACCUCAACAGUGUCAAUCACGUCUUCCUGUUCGCUAGCAACUAAGCACAGCUAGUACUCGCGCGUCAGCCGUUUGGCUACCCUAGCCUGUUUGGCGCACAACAAGUCGUAAUUAGCUUUAGCUUUUAGCUCGGCCUGGCCUAAGCUCGGUAAGGGCUAGCACUACUUAUCUGCAGCAAGCCGGUGCCUUCUCAACACUGAGCGUCGGUUGGACGCAUCGCGCGACGACUAUUAGCUUAGUGCAGACAUGAAGAUAUUCCAAUGAUGCUAACUGAGUGAAGCGGGCCAGCUAACAAGCUAACAGCAGGCGAAGCUAGUCUGCUACAAGUAUUAGCACGUUUGCCCCAGAACACGCCUUCUCCACCCCCCGUCGACUUUCUUAGUUCACACUUAAACGAAUUCAUACUUUAAAUAUCAAACUCGUUUGUUUUUUGUAAGUAGCGUCAAAGACAAUCAAAUGCAAAUAGCAAAAAACUUGCUGAGAUGAAACUUAAACACUAGCUUGUGUCACUGGAUUCAACUUGACUUUUUUGUUAAGUGUGUGUGUGUGUGUGGGGGGGGGGGGGGGUGCCUUUAGAGAGGAGGGGGCUCGUUUGUCCUCUCGUAUGCUGCGCCUCAAAUAAAUCAACUCGAAACACCUCAAGUCACCACCACAUUACGUCACUGCUCUGACUGACUGGACACUAACUACUACCUACUACUACUUUUAAUACGAGUGCCUUCUACAGUAGAGUACUUUGUACUUUGUACUCUCCUGUAGUACUGCUUGUAUUUGAACAUGAUCAGAAGUUGUUUUCAUCUCUGAGCGUCAAAGGCCACAAAGGUGCGUCAUCAAAAUGACUGCUAGUAGCAACAAGCUGAUGCGAAUAGCAUCGGGAGCUAGCCGGCUGUUAGCCCGACCGAGCUAACGUUUCAUUGCAAUGCGUUUGUUUCCCAAACUGUAGGUGGCGCUACUCUUGUUCUUGAAGCUCAUGUUGCUCAUUAGCCUUCGGUUUUCCAUGUUAAAGGGACUCUUUAUUUUCUAGUCACGUUUCAACAAUGACGACUUAUGCGUGCGCUCGGCUGUGUGGAUCGUUUGUAAAAUUAUUUAUGUUGCGCGCGUGCAUGUGCUCAGCAGUGAAGCAAAGUUUUAAAAAAGUCAAGUUAAACGAGUUGCCAAGCCAAGUUGAUGUUUGAAAGUUGAGUCAAGGCAAUCAAUCGUGAGGCCGAGGCGCAUGUUGAUGACGUCAACGGGUUGCGCGCACUCACGCACACACGCAGCUGGCCGGGCUGCAAACGAGCAAUAAAAGAAUCCAAGGAAAAAGAAAAAAAAGCUUUAAUCAUCAAAUCUUUUGUUCUUUCUGUCAAACUGUGAACAUGAACAUUAUUAUUAUUAUUAUGUUUUUCUCUUCUUCUGGGUGACUUUUAGGAUAGUUUUUUUUUUUUUGGUGUGUGCAUGUUUAAGCAAAUAUGCUUGAUGAUUUCUGCACACACACAAACACACAAAUGUCAUAAAUAAAAUGAUGUUGCUCUCAGGGUUCUUCUCAAACUUUUUGAUUUGCUUCCUGAGAUGCAAACUUUGAUUUGUGAUUUCAUGUCGACUGUCAAUCGAUCACGCCAGCACUUGACUGUGAACACACACACACACACACUCGCUCCUCUCCCUCUCCUCUCUCUCUCUCUCAACGAGGAAGAAGUCAAUGAAAAGAACAAAUAAAGAUUGAAAACGCCA